GAGAGACACUGACCAUCACAGCAGAAGACCAGUGGAUAUUAAACUACUUCAUAUCAGGGAGAAGAAUGGGACUGCACACUGUUGAGGAACUGGUGUCUGGUAAGAGGUCAGAGGGCAAAGAGGCAGACGACUUCCAAGGUGGCGUGUACGAGGCGGGCGUGGAUCAGGAGAAGCAGGAUGAACGCAGGUCCGACAGGGAGCUGGUGGGCGGAGCUCUGUCAGAAGAGAGCGACAGCGGCAGCGAGCACGAGGAAGUCAGCGUGGCAGCUCUUAAUACGGAUAAAAGCGGCCGGUUGAAGUUGGAGACGGUGGACGACCUGUUCAACAUCCUGCAGAUGAGGAAGAGGAGAAGGGAGAGGAAGGCUCCCGUCCAUAAGAAACAACAGCCCGAGCCUGAGACCGUGCCAGAGACUGUGGAUGAGCAGCUGUUUCUGACAGCAGCCAUGGAGAACAAACUGCCUGUUGUGGAGAAGUACCUGAGUGAUGGAGGAAACCCCAAUGCAGCCGACCACUUCCAGAGAACAGCGCUGCACAAAGCCUCGUUCAAAGGACACGUGGAGGUGAUGAAAAGACUCCUGGAGGCCGGUGCUGCCAUCGAGAAAAAAGACAAGCUGGAGGCCACAGCGGUGCACUGGGCCUGCAGAGGAGGCAGCCUGCCGGCACUGCAGCUCCUCCUCGACCAGGGAGCCAAGUUCUCCUACAGAGACAAGUUGCAGAGCACUCCUCUCCAUGUUGCUGUGCGGACCGGACACUGUGAUUGUGCUGAGCAUCUCAUCCACUGUGGAGCUGACGUCAAUGCCAAAGACAGAGACGGAGACACGCCCAUGCACGAUGCCGUGAGAAUAAACAGAUUCAAGAUGAUCAAGCUGUUGAUGAUGUACGGGGCCAGCCUCAACACAAAGAACUGUGACGGAAAAACUCCACUGGAGACGCUGUACGUGUGGCAGAACGGAGCCAAGAGCCUCCUGUGUAACUUCAGCAGCAAGGACAAGGCCAACCAGUGACCCGACAUUCCAGUAAAAGCAGGACUUCAACAUAAUAUCCAGCCACAUGAUCUACUGGCUCUAGCCCAUUCUAGUCAUAUCCAUACUGUGGCUCACCAAGCACACAAGUCUGUUUUUAAAUAGCUGUUUAUCUAGCGAGGCUGUGCCAAGGGUUCACGUCACAUUCAAACUGUCUCGCAUGUUGACUGAGGUAUCGACCCCCUCAGGAAAAUAAUCUAAAGUUGGCUCAGCUGGAGCGUUUGGGUGCUGGAAGACAUCUUAACUAAUAGAGCAUCACUCAUUACCUGGUUCAGGGAUUUGAACUAUACAAUACUGAACAAUAUUGGCUUUUGGCAAGGUAACAUUUUCACAUGUGGCGGCAGGAACUCGAAGGAGCCUUUUAAUUAACACUGUGAACUCUAAUCAGGAUGUUGUUAAUAAUGUGAUCAUUAGCACCGAUAGAUUCAUUGAAUCGCCAAACUUUGCUGGACAAUGUCUCGGCUGACAGCAUGAAGAUGUUUUCUUCUUCUUCUUCUUUUUUUAAUUGCUACUUUAAGCUGAGUUUGAAGUCAGCAAUACCGUAUUGAGAUGUAUUUUUUGAUUAUUGACUUACUGUCAGCAACCGA